GGCGCAUCGCGCGUCAGAUAGCCGGUUAUGCUGGAUGGGAUAUGAGAUGCGGGUGUGAGCUGCAGCAGUCGCACAGGGCCGGUACACUGCUCACCCAUGAUCGUCAUUCUCGUGCCGUUUUUCCUGGCGGCUCAGCUCCGCGACUCGAGCUGGCCGAGCCGGGCUGGAACCGAGACGAGUUACCGAUUCUGCGUCAACUCUACGGCCAUCUCCGCGGCCUUGAACUACGUGCCGGACCGGUCGACCCGCUUCAACAUGAAUGCCAUGCUGAGGUGCCGCUUUCGAGCCUCGUCGUCCCUCCUGUGUCGCAUGACGGACGCCAAAGCGGUGAGCUUCGCCUCGACAACGGUGGACCCGACCCUCCCCGGUGACGAGAUACCCGACACCGCGCAAAACCACGCCGAGUACCAGAUUGCCGAGGAAGCCUUCGAGAUCACCUUCACCCCGGACGGAAUCGGCAAGAUCCUGGCCAACCGCACCGUCAGCCCGGCCGAUCUCAACAUCAUACGCGCCGUCGUUAACCAGCUCAACGUCGGCACCAACAUCGCCAAGAGGAAGGACACCCACUUUCGGAACAUGGAGAAAUCGAUGAUCGGCAAGUGCGACACCAUUUACACCGUCACCAAGAACUUGUCCUCGACGCCAGCGACUCCGAGAGAUCCACCGCAACGAGCCAAAGGUGCCCACUGUUCGUCGAAUUGCAAGAUUAACGGAAGCAGCAGUAGGACGACGGACAACGGCGCUUGGGACGACAGCAGCGACUACAAGCUCAGCGGUCUCGAGAGCCUCGGACGCAAACGGGGCGAGACCCUGAGGCUCGAGAAGUGGCGCAACGUGUACAAGUGCAGCCUCAGAGCGGAUUACUUCUUCGGCAGUCGCGAGAGCUUCCGCACCGAUCCCACCGACUUCGAGGCCAGGAUCGUCGACUCCGAGAGCACGAUCUACGUAUCGGACACGAACUUUGCCUCCUACACCGCGAACGAGCUGCACAUAAGGCGCCAGCACGGCGACAACCUCACGAUCUACGAGCGCUACAGUCUGAGCCUGGCAUCGAUAGACACCGCGAGUCCGCACCUCCCGAUAUCGAUCGUCGAUCCAGCCUCGGCGAGCGUUUACGCCUAUCAGUACAUCGACGACGACGACGGCGACGAGUCAGUCGAGCUCAGGAAACGCUCCCGCGCCACGCGACCCACCAACCUUCUCGCCAAGCGUCGCGGCUCAGCUAGCCCCACCUUGUGAUUAUCCUCGUUUUUACUGCUAUUAUUAUUUUUACUAUCAUUGUUGUUUUCGUGCUCUAGCGCACCGCUGUUUUUUUACCUCCUUGAAUUUUUUCUCCCACGAUGGUAUAAGGAUUUUUUUACAGCUGCUCGGUGGUAAUGGCUUCAUUUGAAUGCCGGGCCUUUUUGCGGUGCUGCACAGUCUGCCGAGAAAUAAGUGUACUGCAUACUCCGGUCGGAAGUGUCGGUGAUCAGGCGAAGAAGUCGUUGGCACUUUUUACGCCCCUGUUUCGAGUAGAAUUUUUUGGUCGUGAGGAUGCAUUAUCCUUGUUUCUCGGUAUUGAAAUAAAUUUACCUUUUUUUUUAACCUCAGGAAAGUAGAUCGUUAAAUUUAUGGAGCAGCUCGGAGGUUUUUGUUUCGAUUGAUGUGUAUUACGUUUUUUUUUUUUUUUUUUUUUUUUUCUAUUAUUAUUAUCUUUAUAGUUGCGUUCCAAUUUUGUUGAAACGUAGAGUCCGACGUGACUGCAGUUGUUGCAAACUUGUUAUAUUUAUAAUAAAAAUGUAUUUUUGAAUACGCUUGACGUUUAUGAAGCGUUCAAUCAUUUAUUUUUAAUUAAUAACAUUGGGUCCCUUGACUUUAUCAAAUUUUUUUUUAAAUUUAAUUUUGAUGUUUGAUUGAUAUGAAAAAAUCCAAUAUCACCGUCCGAAAAUAAAUUUAAUCUCUUGUCAACGAAAAUUCCUUUUCCAUCGGAGCAUGAAACUUUAUUAAAAAUAAUAAUGCUUUGAUUCCAUUAUGCUUCGCUUGUAACAACGUGAAGAGGAUUGGCAAAAAAAGGACACAUGGAAUCUGGAAAGUAUGCCCAAAGCGCCCUUGGUCGAGGGAUCCAAUAAUAACGAGGGUAAUGCCAUGAUAUGUUAUUUUAUAUAUAUAGAUUUAUUGAUGAUUCAUCGAGUAUCUGUUCGAGUAAAGUCGAUUAUGUACAAAAUAAUGCUGAAAUAUAACUAUAUAUUUAUAA